AUAAACCAUCAUAUUUCCAUCCCUAUAUAAAUCUUGAAACGAUCCUCUUAAAGUAAUCAAAACAAAACUUCACCCUGUUCUUUCACUUUUUCACAUAAUGGACGUGAGAAGAUGCAAAUGCCAGAGGUGCGGCAUGAAUAUAGCAGCUCCCAUCGGAGCUCAAACAAUUAUCUGUCCAAGAUGCCAAUUUGUUACGCAACUCCAACCUCCAAGAAACAAUGGUUUUGCUAAUAACAAUAUGCGCCCGGAAUUUCCAGCUUAUCCUGCAAGGCCAAGAAGGAUGAAUCCAAAUGUCAAUAAUAAUUUCAAGCCCCAACAAUUCAACCGCCCUAUGUCACCACAGAUUAAUAAUAUCCGACCUCCUCCAGUACAUGGACGAAAACGAGCAGUUCUAUGCGGAAUCAAUUACCGGGGUCAUGCAAAGAGCCUUAAAGGAAGCAUUAAUGAUGCUUUAUCCAUGAGAUAUUUUCUGGUUGAGAAAUUGGGGUUCCCAAUUGCAUCAGUAAUUGUCCUUACAGAGGAUGAGAAAGAUCCAUACAAAUACCCAACCAAGGCUAAUAUCAGAUCAGCCUUACGUUGGCUUGUUCAUGGUUGUCGGUCAGGGGACUCCCUAGUGUUUCACUACUCUGGCCAUGGAGCACGAGUACGAGACCGUGAUGGUGAUGAGAUUGAUGGUCAUGAUGAAUCAUUAUGCCCUGUUGAUUAUGAAACAGAAGGAAGGAUACUAGAUGAUGAGAUCAAUAGUACCAUUGUAAGGCCUUUACCCCCUGGAGCCAUACUUCAUGGAAUAAUUGAUACAUGCUUCAGUGGAACUUUCUUAGAUUUGCCCUUUUUGUGCAGAAUAAACAGGGCAGGAUACUUUAAAUGGGAAGAUCAUCGGAUGCGAGCAUACAAAGGUACCAGCGGUGGAACAGCUUUCUCUAUCAGUGCCUGUGACGAUCAUCAAAGUUCUGGAGAUACAACGGCAUUCACAGGCGUUCCUAUGGGUGCCCUGACUUAUAGUUUCAUCCAAACAUUGGAGCAAGAGACUAAAUUGACUUAUGGACGGCUAAUCAUGAGUAUGCAAAAUAAGAUUCAAGAAACACAGAAAGCACUAGGCCUUAAUGGUGCAAAUGAAACUCAGGAGCCUCAACUAUCCUCAUCUGAGCCGUUUGAUAUACACUCGAAGCUGGUGGCUAUAUAGGAACUCAUGUAUUCAACUCUAGCUUGCGUAUGGCUUCCCUCACCAUCACAUGUAGAUUUCUUCGUAAUAUUGUUCUGGCGUGAAUCCUGAUAGUAUAUUUUCGUUGUGUUUACUUUAUCAAUAUUGAUGAACAAACUUCCAAAUGGAAAUUUGCUCGGUCAACUAAGUACAGCUACAUGUUGUCUCAUCCUUAUGUCAUGAAUUUACAGCAGAAUUUGUCAUUUCGAACAGGGAGUGGAAGAUAAUUGUACUGCAUGAACAACUGGAAAUAUAAGGAAACACAGUUUUACAUGUUA